CGGCGACACGAGCUGGGUGAACUGUGAACCGGCUGCGAUCGUUCAUGUAUUCACUCUAAUCAGCAGAAUUGCAGACCUGAAGACACCACCAUGUCAGUGGAGAGUCUCCGUCUCUCCGAAGCCAGCCUCGACGAGCCGCCUUCGUCUCAGCCUCUCCUUCUCCGUCUUCAUCGAGCUCUAAUCUCUUGCUCUACCUCGAUAGAGGCCGGAGAUUUCUGCCAAUUGGAGAAAUCAGUUGCCAAACUCGUCGACUUCCUCGAUUCCGUCACCGGCGCCGCAGUAUCAGAACCAGACAAGGAGUGUUUUGAAAGCGAUGGUUUCCAAGUUCUCACGGAGCUUCAGCGAUAUAUCACUUCACCUUCCGUGGACCAGGCCGUCGUUGAUGCACUUUCGCUUGAGUUGCCGAAGGCUGUUUCGAGGUUCGCAUGCUUGUCCCAGAGAUGUUUGGAGAUCACCGAGAGUGUGAUUGAUCGGUUUGUUGAGUCGUGUAGUCCUCGUGACAUGCUUACUAUUCUGUGCGAGGCAUUAGAUUCUCCAAACAAGAUGUUCAAGGCUCCUGGUUAUUUUAUUCCUCUUCUAAGUGGGCUAUCCAAAGUUUUUAUCUCCAUCAAUAGACGCCAAUUUGAACAAGUAAAGGAAGCAGUUCCUGUUGUCAUCAAUGUUUUAAAGACCAUGUCUUUGGAGUCAGAUGAAGAGGAUACAGGUUAUGAGGCUUUGUUACACAGAUCAAUUGACAUUGCCAAAUCAAUACAGGCAGUUUCUAUGAAGUUGGAGGACAAAGUAAAAGAAAAACUCCGAGCUUUACUUGGUCUAUAUGUCUUGCAAGUCAUGGCUUUUGUUUCAAUUGGCAUUAGAGAUAAAGUUUCAGGAUGUGUUAAUUUGGUGUUAGAGCUAUCUCGCUUCUUCAGUUAUUGUAAUUUGUCAUAUCUCAGUUUAAUAACAGGCUGCGAUAUUGAUAAGAUUACUAGCACUGUGGUUGGAGAGGAUGGAGAUGAUUUCAUGGGUUAUUUCCCUAAUCUCAAGCUUGGAGCAUCUCUUUCAGUGAUUUGGGGUUAUAUAUCGAAUGAGUUUUCUGAAGUUGUUGGAGAGGAUCUGGCUGCUGUAAAGGCUGAACUUUCCGGUAACCAGGUUAAAAGGUGGCAAGCAUUGGGCAUGUUAAGGGACAUAUUUUCAUGUGUAAAUUUGCCAUGGGAAUUAAAGAAGCAAGCUACAAAUUUUCUUCUUUGGAUUUUUGAAGGAAAUAUCUCCCAUGAAUAUGACAAUAAAGAUAUGGAAUGCUCAUUUCAUAUGCCUAGUCUUUUUGCUACUCUACAGGCUGUUCAGAUGGUCAUUAUGUAUGCACCUGAUUCAGUGAUAAGGAAGUAUGCUUUUGAUGCUUUUAGAAAGCACAGGGCAGAAAGGGCUGAAAGAACACCUGAAAUUGGUGCCACAUUUUGUUGCUGUUUUUGUCAUUACUUAUUGGCAUUUGCAUUUCUUUCCUCUCGUAACCAGGUUCUUGCAGAUACUCCAACUUUUCUGAGAUUUGACAUUUUAAUGGCUUUGAUUAAAAAUACUGAUUCAUCCUCCAUGAUUGCAAUUCUUAUUGAUUGUCUGAGAGGGGAGAUGCAUAUGGAAAACUGUCGAAGCAUUUCAGUUGGAAAUCAAGUCAUCCAGGCACAGACUAGUGCAUCUACAACAUUCUGGAAUGCUGGUGUCCUUGAAUUGGUAGAGUUGGUGUUGAGACCCCCAAAGGGAGGACCUCCAUCCCUUCCUGAGUAUGGUGAUGCGGUUCUCUCUGCUCUGAACUUGUACAGAUUUGUGUUGAUAACAGAGUCAACAGGGAAAACCAACUGGACCGGAGUGGUGUCCAAGAAUAACUUGCAGAAGGCCUACAAUGAGUGGCUUCUACCUCUCCGAACCCUAGUGACUGGUAUUGCGGCUGAAAACCAGGACUACGACCAGCUUGCUGAGGACACUGUAUGUGCCCUAAACCCCAUUGAAUUAGUUUUGUUCCGAUGUCUGGAGCUUGUUGAAGAAAAACUCAACCAUGCUGGAUGAGUCAUUUUGGCAGUUUCCAAAGAGUUUUAGGUGCAGAUUAUAGAUGGCAGGAUAGAUGUUCAUUUGAUCUUGUAGUUUUCCAUUUUUCUUAAAUUAUUUUCCGGGUGAGAGUGAGAUUGUAUUAACUGUUUUCUUUUCUUAUUAAAAACUUGAUGAUUACUUGUUAAGAAAGAGAGUGGAUUGGAUC